GUUAUUCUAGUGUUGUAGUUGCCAAUUGUUUUAUUUAGACCUACUGCUGGGUACGUUAAUCUAUAACAAUGUAUUUUAUAAACUGAUCAUAUUUUCUGUUUGUUAAAUCUUAAUUAGCAAAUUAACUAGCCAGUAUAGUUGUCAAAUACAUUUUAUGAAGCAAAAAGUACAGUGUUUCUCAAUGUUAUGAAAUGUAGUGGAGUAUAAGUAUAUAGCAGCAGAAGAUGGAAAUACUCAAGAAAAGUACCUGAGGUAGAACAUGAUGAGUGCACCAAAACUGUCCUUAAAUACAGCAAUUAGUUACUUUCCACUACUUCUACUAAUAGAAAUAGAAUAAUUUAACAGGUGACCUGAUAAGAUUACAGUGUCCUCAUAAAUAAUAAUCAUUUUUAGAAAAGAAAUAAGAUCUGUCCUGUGACUGACAUUUCCUAAUGAUAGACUCGAACAUUUCCAAAUUAAGCAAAUGCUUUAAUGAUAAACUGAUAAAUAUUCCUCACAAUCAAAUAGCUGAUGUGCCUGUGGGAAACAGAUAAGAAAUGUACCCAGUGUACAGCAGAUAGGGGCAACUGAAGACAGCUUGUGUCUGAAGAUUAUCGAGACUGGACCUCCUUCCUACAUAACCCAGAGCUGUCAGCAGUACAGUUGUUCAACUUGACGGAGAAGAAACUGCUGCUGAAUUUCAAGGCCAUGGAGGAGAAAAAGCAGCCAACACCAGGGCCUCACUUUGUGGGGAAGAAAGACGAACUGAUUGAAGCAAAGCGCUCUUUCAGAACAAUAGAGGGUCGAGAUAUACUGAUCAUCUACCACCAGGGAGCCUUCUAUGCUAUGGACUCCUACUGUUAUCAUGCUGGGACAUUGCUGCAGAAUGGAGACAUCGAGGAAUUUGAUGGCAAGCUGUGCAUAAUUUGUCCGAAUCACAAGUACAAGAUCUCUCUGGCCAAAGGGGAGGGCUUAUACAAGGGCAAAGACCCUCAGGAAGAAAAGCCCAGAUGGUUCUCGAAGGGUGUGAAGCAGCGGACCCACACACUCACAGAGACCGACGGGGAUGUCUAUGUCACGAUGUCUGAGGACUGCGACUGGCUCGACUCAGACUACUUCCAGGGAGAAGACGGCAAGGUGGCAAGAGCCAAAGCUGCAGAACUUGAGAAGAAAACAUCUUGAUUGUGGAUGAGGAAUUGUCUGUUCUGGUCUCCUCUGAUCUCCUCUAAAUGAUUCCAUGAUGACUGACAUGCAUUUAGUACUCUACCUCAAGUAAUCAGCAGGCUUUCAAGUGAGUUUAAUUUUUAGUGAGGUGAGGAGGAUACAGUUAAUUAUACAGAUCAUUUGAAAUUCCUUUAAUUCUGCGUUAUCAAUUGUUUACAUGAUGGUGAUGUUUUAGUAGAAAGUUAGGUCACAAAUUGACAUUUUUGUUUCCUAUAAGUUUGGUUCUCAAAACCAUCAUGUAGUUCACUAAAUAAAAGUUUUGAUAAAAUAAUUGUUUCUAGUAGGGAUGCAUGAUAUUAUCGGCACAUCAUCGGUAUCGGCUGAUAAAAGCUCUGAAAUGAAAUAUCGGCAUCGGCCAUUUCUGCCGAUUACAAGAGGCCGAUAUAUCGCCUUCCCCUCCACCGCCUGACUGCGCUUCCCUCGACGGACUGUGUCACCCUGGCGGUCCCGGUGCUUCCUCCGCAGGCUCCACUUCACUCAGCUGCCCGUCAGACCCGCUGCUUCUGCCCACUUUAAC